UACUGUCCUAUCUUCUAGAGAGGACAGAAGCCACCUCUCCUCCUUCAAUUCCCCCCAAUUGAUGCAACUCUCCCCCGUCGUCCCUUCCUCCCAGCUGAGGACGGCGUUUUGAUCAUCCCCGCCCCAUACAAACCUCCUGAUUCGAAAUUAAAGGGGGAAUAACAAAUUAAGAGAUCAGAACUCCUUCCAACAAUGGCGGGAUUCAUGAAACCCUUCCAAUUGCUGGAAAUAAACGUGAUGUCCGCCCAGGACUUGGAACCCGUGUCCAAGAAAAUGAAGACGUACGCCACCGUGUGCCUCAACCCGACCCGCCGGCUCACCACCGCCGUGGACUACGACGGCCGCAACAACCCCACGUGGAACGAUAAAUUCGUGUUCCGCGUCGACAACGAGUUCCUCCAGCGCGACACCUCCGCCAUCCAAAUCCAGAUCUACGCCGUCAAAUGGUUCCGCAACUCCCUCGUCGGCUCCGUUCGCUUCCUCGUCGGCAACCUCUUCCCUCCCCCCGCUCGUGGCCAACGCCAAAAUUUCGGCAUGCGUUUCGUCGCCCUUCAGGUUCGUCGAAAAUCUGGGCGUCCACAAGGUAUAUUGAACAUUGGGGUGGCGUUACUGGACAGCUCGAUGAGGAGCAUGCCAUUGUACAGGCAAAUGAGCUCGUCGGCCGUGGGGGUUAGAGAUCUGAUGCAGGAAGAUAAUCUUCUCCACAACGCCAACCCGAACGCGGUUCUACGUCGCAUGAAUAGCGAGCGCAGCACUCUCAUGUCAUACGACGACGUUUCCGUCAACAACAGCUCCAUACUCGCAAUCCCUAAGAAGAAGAACAAGGCGUUCGCCUUCGACGACAAGGAAAGCUCAAUCCUUAGCAUCUCCUUCGUGCCGCCCCCGCCGCCACCGGUAGCGACCAAGGGCGCGGGGAGCAGCAAGAAAGGAAAGGCUAGCUCGGUCAUCAACGGCGCAGAGCUACGGGGAGACAGGUCGGUUCAAAAGGGGAAGGCGAGCUCGGUGGUGAGCGAUUCCGUGUUUAGCAAGGAAACGAAUAUCAAGGGAGAAGAAAGUGGGAAGGUGGGUGGGCCAGCGUUGCCCCCCAUUAAGACUUCCCUGGGCCCAAAAUGGAGGGCGAACUCGAUCCUGUCAGACUCGGAGGUGGGGCCGUCCCCGUCAGAGGUAGCGAUGGCGAUGGCCAGGUACCCGCUGGAGCAAGAGGGGAGCUCGGUGAUGGACGGGUGGAGCGUGGACGAGAGCGUGGAAGGGUUGCGCUCAAAGCUGGAGCGGUGGCGGGCGGAAGCUCCGGCGAUGUACGACCAAGCAGGCUACGCCACCACCAGCAGCAGCUUCCGGUCCGGUAGCUACAUGGGGAGGCAGACCGACGGCGGCGGCGAGAACCCCGCCGACGGGUUGUUUUCUUGUUUUGGAAACAUGUUUGGGUACGAGUGUGAAUGCGUUUGCGGGCAACCUCCAACACUGGACAAUAACAACAAUAACAACAACAAUAACAAUGACACCAACAACAACUACAUAUGCAGAAGCCCAUCAGUUGGUGGCAGCAGUUUUCUUUAAUGGAAGUUUCGAUCAACAAAAGUGGUAUGAGAGGGGCGUUGAAGUGAUCAAGAAGGAGCGUUGCUGUGUUGGGGGACGAACAUUCUUUAGGGGGAUCAGAUCUUUGUUGGAAUAGUCACUCUCUUUUCUAGUGCAUGAUGAUGCCUUUUUUGUUCUCUUUUGGAAUUUAUUGAGAAAAAAAAAAGAUUUUUUUGUUGACAAAAAAAAUCAAUUUUAUAUUUUUGUUUAAUUGUUC